UAAAAGACUUUUUAUGUGCUAAAUGACUACUCUGUCUACUUACAUUCUCUGUUAUUCUUUUCAUAUUGUGAUGUGCAGUUAAUCAGUGGGCCUAGUUGAUUUGUCUGACCAAAAUGAUGACUGUUUUCCUGCAGCUCUGUGAUGUUGUGCCUAAGCAGUGUUGCUCUAUUGAUUGUAUGGAAACUGAUAUGCCUGGAAUAAAACAUACUUGCCAGCUUAACUGGCAGGCGAAUGCUCUUCUUAUCCUUAAAUGGUUGCUUGUGAAAUGUCGGUUGGUGUGCCAUAAGGGUUGGCAAACCGAUGUGAUUUAAAGUAAUUUGACUGUGUCCAGGGUUUGGUGUAAUUAUAUUUUUGGCUGGGGCACAAAUGGAUAUCCUGGGUUAAGUAUACUCGAUGAAUUAAUCAAAAGAACUUUUAAGGUGAUGCAAUAUAAACAUUGUAGAAUUGGUUUCUGGCCUUCAUGGCUAAUUUGUUGUGUAACUCUAAGAGUCAUGCAGCACUCCCCAAAAUUAUUUGUUUAAAAAUGUGCCCAGAACUUUAAUGAUGGCAUGACAACACAAUCAUAAAUAAAGGCUGAUGACAUAUGCUCAGAAUGCUGUCUCAAACAUCUAGUCCUAGGGAUGACUGGGGGAAAUAAUGCUAAGUGCAAUUAAAUUAAAUAAAAAUGCAACAAUAAAGCAAAAUAUGACAAAUUUAGUAGGGUGGAGAAAACACUUCCCUUAAGUUUUGUUGUUGAUAUUACUGUAUUUUGGCACAAAUGCAUCUCUCACUUGGCCCUAAUCAUCAUCAUCAAAUCAAAACCAUGGUUAAUCAUGAAUUGUGCCAAACGCAUUAUGCAAAAAGCAUCACACUAUUGAAAUUUUAGAGACAUUUAAAUACUAAAAUUGUCUGUUUUGAUCUAUUCUGUUAAUGUGAUGCAAAUAGUUUUGUAUAAAGACGUAAUAAAUUUCAGUAUUUGAUUUUGCUUUUUAAUAAUUUUAGUACUAAAUUGGGUCAGCAUCUAAACAUUUGGGAACUGAAACAAAGCCAGUUCAAAACUACUUCAUUGUACCACUAUUUAGGGAAACAUUUGAAGGAAAUAUUACCAGUUUUCAUGUUUAUAUAACCAGCUACAUAAGUAAAUAUAUAAUCAUAAUUAUCAACUCUAGCGUUAAGACUUUACAGACUGUGCUCAAGGUCAAAGUUUUUCCCUUUUUAUUGAAUUAUUGAAAUUACAGGUGAAUUUUAAAAGGAAGAAGACGUAAACUCUGUUUAUAUUCCCUUAACAAUGUGAUUACAGUGAUUACAUGGGUGUCCUCUUCCUGAAUUUCAUUCUUUAAGUCCACAUUGUGGGUUUGUUUAUACCCUCAGCACUUUCCAGCCUGUUUAACACAAAACCAACUAAAUUAUUCAACACCAACCUGAUCAUACAUGAUUUAGCAGGACACUCCUUUAUUUACAUCAUCUCGAUUAAGCAUACUGUUUCCUCCUUUUGAGCACGCUUGAAGAGACUUCAGUCAACUGUUUCUCAGGAAAGGAUUUCAAAUGACCUUCCUCCUUGAACCAUGAUCGAUUGAGCUGAGAUUUAGCGGCAGUGUCUGGAUUUUGUCGUCUGCUGAAGGGCUCAGUCACCCAAUUUUGACGAAGGCAAAGUUUAUUUUUAGAGUAACUUCUAAUCUUUUAUGUGGUUUUCUCAUCCAUAAUUCAUGUUCUAAUCCACUGUAUUUUGUGAAUUUCAAGUCUUUCUGUCACGUUUCACUGAUUUUAGGCAUGGUCUGAUAAUUAAUAUUAUUAAAACAUGUUAUUGCCCAUAAAUGUCUGAUAUUCUAUGAUAUUUUUUAAUUCUACAUUAAUUAUAUAAGCUUAAAAUGCAAAAAUAACAAAAAAACGUAUGAAAACGAUAUUGUUCAAGAUUGCAUUUAUCAGUGUUAUUAAAUAACUAAUGUUUUUAAAUAUUGAGUUGAAUUAAGGUCUUUGCUCGUCUGAAAUUUUCGCACAUUAAAAAAUAAAUACGACCUUGCAUUGAAACAAUCACGUUUACAUAAUGCCUCCAAAACUUUCGUCCGUCAUUAAAAAAAUCGUAUCAGCUUAGAUUUCCUGUGUUUUCGCAUCCUUAGCAAGCAUUUUGAUGGGAAAGGAUGACGAAUACGAAAAACCCCGAAAAACCCCGAAAAGACACUUAUGAAAAUUUCAGACUCAGUGUGCAAGGACCUUGACUCUUUACUGGCAGGUCUGGUGUUUCUGAAGUGGCUGACAUAAUGCUUGUUUGGAUUAUGUAAUGAACGAAUGAACUACAUAUGUACAUGUCUAAGGAAAAAGUGACAAACCUUUAUGUCAAGUUAAUGCAGGUGUGGGUCAGAUGGACAGCAACUUUCAUGGUAAUGUUUUAUUGCAGAAGUUUUAAUAAGGCCACAUAACGUAUAGGCAGACAGAGACUGGAGGUUCAAGAGCUUGGAGUCAUCUGGUUGUUAAUUCUUUUCGAGCGGUCAGAUCUGUGUUUCCCUUAGUAUUCUCUGCUGUGUUUUGAUCCUGAAGGGUGCAGCUGGUGGCACGUAGGUUUGAAAGAAUGGCCUACCCUGGUUCUGGUUGGACGAUGGCCCAGCUUUAAGAUGUAUGACUCCUGGUACCUGUCUCAGUGAUGAAGAGCACCUCCACCAUCUUCUUCCUCACUCUAGCUGUCCUGUGCAGAGCUGAGAGUGUGAGUGGGAAGACGGUGAAGGACACAGUGCAGGAAUGGAACAGGUAUCGGAACGAGUGCAUCAUGAAGAUAAGCUCACAACCCACCCCCUCGGGUUUGUUUUGCAAAAGCAUGUUUGAUAUGUACGCUUGUUGGACAGAUGGAGUUCCCAACACAACUGUGAAAGUGCCGUGUCCCUGGUAUUUGCCUUGGUAUGAUCAAGUGCGCAAUGGGUUUGUGUCACGGGAAUGUGGUCCAGAUGGACAGUGGCUCACCGUCAACGACAGCCGCACAUGGAGAGACCACUCACAAUGCAAUGCAGAUGAAAACCAUGAGAAUCAGGAGAAUCAGAUGAUGAUCUUGGCCUAUUUCAGGGUGAUGUACACAGUUGGUUACUCUCUAUCCCUGGCCAGCCUGUCUUUAGCCCUUGUUAUACUUCUCAUAUUCAGGAAGCUCCGCUGCACACGUAAUUACAUCCACACCAAUCUGUUUGCCUCUUUCAUCCUGCGAGCUGUGUCCAUCCUCACGAGAGAUGCGCUUCUCAUGAAAGACGCUCCUGAGUUCAGGGACAACAAAGAUGUUUCGAUCGUUCUGAGUGACCAGGUGAUGUCAGGCUGCCGUGUGGCUCAGGUCCUGAUGCAGUACUGUGUUGGGGCAAACUACUAUUGGCUACUGGUAGAAGGUCUAUAUCUUCACAACCUGCUGGUGCUGAUGGUCUUCUCAGAGAACAGCUACUUCUGUGUAUACCUCUUCAUUGGCUGGGGAACACCUGUGCUGUUUGUGGUGCCUUGGAUAGUUGUUCGUUACCUAUAUGAGAACACAAGGUGCUGGGAGAUCAACGAAAAUAUGGCAUAUUGGUGGAUCAUCCGAACGCCAAUCCUUUUGGCGAUUUUAGUGAACUUUUUCAUAUUUAUAAGGAUUAUUCAGAUCCUCGUCUCCAAAUUAAGAGCACAUCAGAUGAGAUAUACAGAUUAUAAAUUUAGGUUAGCCAAGUCCACGCUGACCCUCAUCCCGCUGUUAGGGAUUCAUGAGGUGGUGUUUGCUGUGAUGACAGAGGAACAGACUGAGGGCGUGCUUCGCAAUGUCAACCUGUUCUUUGAACUCUUCUUCAAUUCUUUUCAGGGUUUUCUGGUGGCCAUAUUAUACUGCUUUGUCAAUAAAGAGGUACAGUCAGAAAUCAAAAAGAAAUGGCAGCGAUGGAAAUUGGGAAUAAGCAUUUUGGAGGACCAACGUAAUACAGGUAGCAACACACAGCAGGGAGGUGCAGGUCCUCGGUGUCACCACGACCCAGCCUGCUCUCCAGACUGCCCUCUGGACAGUGGCAGCCAACUGUCCUCAGACCCAACGCCAACAGCCACCCAACCGGCUGUUCAGCAUCAUUACCAUCCCGGAGCAAAGAAAGGCAAGGCGUACUGCUACAUCUCCGCCCGAAAGCAGGUUCUGAACGGGCUGGAUGUGCCAGCGUUACCCCAGUGCACCGGAGAGGGAGCAGUGAUGUUUUCUGAGAGCUACUGUUGAACCAUGUGGACUGGACAAACAAAGCCAGAUAUCAUGGAGUCUCUCAUUGUUUUUAACUAUCAAAAGGAUAUUACUACAUCACGUUUCUCACAUUACGCCUGGCAAUUUGUGUUUUUCGUGUUUACCACUAUACCUCAUUUUGGACACUAGAUUCAUUCUGUUAUGUGCCAACAUUGUGGAUCAACUCAAAGACUGCCUACUUUACCACAAAGUCAUUUAUAUUUUUGAUUGCAUGAGGAUUAUUUGUAUAAAGUCUACAGGUAAGACACACAAACAUCACCUAGCCUGAAAAAUCACCAAAUAUAGCCAUCAGUAUGUUAACGCCACAAAAGUUUUUGGACCCUUAAGCCACAUAUCCACUUCCAUUUAAGAAUUUGAGGUCAGUAAGAUUUGUAAGAAAUUACUACUUUUAUUCAGCAAGAAUAUAUUAAAUUGAUCAAAAGUGACAGUAAAGACUUUUACAUAGUUACAAAAGAUUGCUGUUUCAACUAAAUACUUAUCUUUUGAAGUUUCUGUUCAUCAUAGCAUGAACAGUUUCUAAUAUUACGCAGAACUACAGUUUUCAACAUAGAUAAGAAAUGAGCACCAAAUUUAGGAUAUUAGAAUGAUUUCUGAAGGAUAAUGUGACACUGAAUGAUGCUGAAUAUUCAGCUUUGCCAUCACAGGAAUAAAUAACUUUUUUAGAAUAUAUUCAAAUAUGAAACAGGUAUUUUAAUUGUGAUAAUAUUUUACAAAUUGAAUGCUUUUACUGUUUUUAUGAAUAAAAAAAUUCAGCCUCUGUGAGCCUAAUAUAAUGGUAGUAUAUCAUAUUAUAUUUUGCAUUAUAUUUAGUUAUUUAAUGUAAAGUGUUUCAUUUUUUUUGUGUGCAGUUUAAGAGCCCAGAUACUUUUUGGGGAGACUGUAUGUACACGCAGUAUAAGCACCAAUAAUUAACUUUUUAUUUUAUUUAUUUUUUGGUCCACGAACAGCAAAUCAGUGCUCGACUUAAGUUCCCCUGACAUUAUGUCACAUCCUCACCCUGAUUUGAUAUUGUGCCUCUGGAGGUGUUAAAUAUCUAAUAUGAAGGUUUAUAUGGCUCUUAUGUAACCCGCUCAACCAGGACGGCAUGCUCUGGGUGAUCUCUUAAACAGCAGGAAAUAUAAUUCCUUUUUUAUGCUUCUGCAUUCCACUCGAUGGCCUAAUCCCCUUUCAUUUAGUGCCAUGACAGAACCCAACUGUGAACUGUAUGUCGACAAUAGAGUUUAAAGAGGAUUACUAGGUAUUUUAAUUAACAGUAACAACACUAUUAAACAUAGAAACUGUUUGUUUCCAAAAUUUAUGAAGGUUUAAUUCAGAGUAUACCCUCAUUUUUGAACCACUCACUAAGGACUGAGAUCAAUUCUUACACUGUACGCCUUCUUUAUUCGUUACUUCACCUGGACAUUCUUUUUCUGUCAACAUGGAUGAAAGAGUGCAGUGAUAAUAGUGAUAUUUAUAUUGUACCUGAGCUUUCACUGUGAUUUAGACGAUAUAUUAUAUUGUAUCUAAAUUGUAUUCAUCAAGUGGAGGUGGUUUCACAAAGUGUUGAGGUUAUUCCACGGCUCCGUUGCCAACUAAAGCCAUCUAGUGGAUGUAGUGAGAACUGCACAGACGUGUUGUACUCCUGAAGUCUCCUGAAGAAAUCUUUUAUCACAUUUGUAGUGCUGAAUGGCAUUAACCGGGUGCUAAGAGUUUGUGGUCAUGCAUGAAUUUGUCAAAAAUACUAGUAGGAUGUCUUUGUUGUAAUGUGGUAAGGUUUGUCUAGUUCUGAUGAAGACACUGUUGUUAAAACAUACAGUACAUAGUUAUUUAUCACACAUCUUUCUCUUAUGUUUUGUCCAGUAAUCAUCUACAUAUUACAGAAUAAGGUACUGUUCACAUAGAACAGAGUUUAAAACGUGAGAUGCAGGGCAGUGAAAUGGGAAAAAAAUACAUUAUUUUAAAAUGUAAGUGCAUCUCUAGACUAGUGGGCUUUUUUCUCAUUGUACUACCCUGCAUCUUGUGUUUUUAAAUGCAAAUAUGAAUUCUGUGUGAAUGGCACCUAAGUGUGAAAAAAUAAAAGCACUGUGCUGACUUAAAUGUGCCAAUAUUGUUUAGCUUUUAAAAUAGUCAUUUAUGUCAUUCAAUACAUUCCACAAACUUGGUAAGCUUUCAUGUUAGGACAC